AUGCUGCGUUCCGCGGGUUACUUCAGGAGCCUCUGCUGCCCCUUCGACGCUGGCGGUUGUCGGCGGCCUCAUUGCCAGUACAGGCACGGGGCGGGGCGCCGCGAGGAGCCGCCCCUUGGCCCGCAGCAGGCGUGGAGAGGCUCGUCUGCUCCGGGGCUUGGUAAAAGUUUCCAAGAACUAGAAAGGAUCAACAAAGAAAUCCAGUCAGUCAAGACUGAAGUUGAAGAACAAAAGAAACUCUUGUAUUAUAACUCGGUGCAAGACAAUCUUAAAAAUUCUUUGACUCCUGCAACAAAUUACAUAAGAAGAAAUAUAUCUUUGUCUGAUGAAAAUGGUAUCUGUAAUACUUCUAUAAAAGACAAAAAAUGUGACAUUUCAAUCUCAAUGGAUUCUCGCAAAUCCAGUAAAUAUGUUCUUGAUAGGAGCUGUCCAUCUACUGAUCUUGAAUAUGAUCCGUUACUUAAUUAUUCUGCAGGUCUUAAGUCUUCUUUGAAGGAAGAUGAAACUGGCACGCAGCGCUCUAAACAUGUGAAAAUGUUUUCUUGUGGAAACUUGCGAGGGUCUGCAAAAACGUCGCCAUGUGAAAAUAGAUGUGGAUCUCCAAGGAAGAGAUCAAGAAGUUCUUCCCCUAUAAAACUUGAAAUAAAACUCCAAGAGUCAGAUGAUGAUAUGCUUAUAAUAGAUGCUCCACCAGAGAAUGUAGCAAAGAAGCCAAGAAUAAGUAGAACCUUUAAAAAAUGGAAUGGGGAAGAAAAUGAGAUUUUCAGAACUAAUAUAGAAACUGUAGAAGACUCUGUGACAUCAGAAACUUUAAAUAGAGAGGGGAAAAGAUUGGAAGAUACUGUUGUAGGUCUAGAUAGUAUUAAUCAAAGUGAUGGAAAUAAAAAUGAUAUAAAAUCUUCAACAAAUGCAGGUUCUUAUUUACUAGAUAUAAAAGUGACUACUUUGAAUGUAGGAAGCACACUUGAUCAGAAAAAGUAUUACCCUGUUACAAAAGAAAGUAAUAUAUUUUCUCAGAAGAAGCUUGAGAUGAACAAAGGCAUCUUUAAAGAGGAUUCAGUGAAUGUCUCUGUUAAAAUGUGCAAUGUAUCAGAGCAGAUUAAUAAAAAAACUUUGCAGAAAAAUAACAUUCAAAGUAGCAUAAAUUCUAAAAACUGUUCUAAAGAUGGAGUUGUACUAUUACGAGAGACUUCUAAAAAAGUAUCAGAGCAUUUAGGGAAAUGGAACAUGAAGCUACAUGAAAAACACAAAUUAUGGGAUAAUAUGCAAAGCUUUCCUUCUCCAGGUGAUAAAAUCUCUCACGAUAGAGACCUCAUUCCUGGUGAAAAUUGUGGGAAUAAAACUGUGCACAUAGAUACCAAAGAAAAUGAAAUAAUUGUAAUAGACUCUUCUGAAGAAGGUGACUCUGAAGAGGAUGCUGAACUUUCUGAAUCAGAUGAUACUAUGGAAGAAUGUCGGAGAAUUUUUAACGAGUUUGCUGAACGGGAAGCACAAAAGGAAAAAUUGGCAAAGCAGGCACUUGUAGUGCAAGCAGAAGUGGAUUCAGAUUUGAGGGCAAGUGUGCUUCCUGGACAGAAGAAGAGAAUUGCACACACUGCAAAAUUUGAUAUUAAUAACACCAAAGAAAUAAUUGUACCUUUUAAGGCACCACUUCCACAGCAGAUUUGUCAUUCCAGAAUAUUGCAAGCACAACAACAGGCAGUGCAAAUAACAGCUGCUAUUAAAAGUGGUCAAGCUUUUGUUGCUGCAACCUGUGGCCAUAAGAAGAACACAUCUGUGUCAAGUCGGAGAAGGCCUCCUGUAGUUCCAGAACUGGGAUCCAAAGUAUCACAUGACAUAAGACAGCGAUACGUCAAUUUUUUUGUUGAAGAAUUCUUGAAAGUUUGUGCAACAGUAAAUGAAGCUUUUGACAAGGCAUUGAUAGAAGAAAAAGCAAUAUAUGACCGUUGUGGUGGUAAAAAUAUGUACUUGAAUAUAGCUGUGAACACACUUAAAAAACUGAGGGAUCAUGGCAGUCAACCUUCUGGCAAUAAAAGAACAACUACAACUGGGUUUAGAAAACAAGAAGAAAAUGAUUUUACAGGAAUUGCACUCUAUAGAGUUCUAAAAGAUUAUACUUUGACUGAGGAACAAUUGAAGGAAAAUGGCUUUUCCCAACCAAAUCCUGAGAAACCUGGCAGUGCUAUGUUAUGCAGCGGUGCAAUAAAACCAGCUAUAUCUGACACUUCCAGAAGGGUCUGUUCUAGAUGUGGAGAGAUAUAUACUGUAACUUUGUCAGGAAGGCAUGCUCGGAAAGAAGAAUGCAACUACCAUUCUGGUAAAGUAUUACGACAUAAAGUUCCUGGUGGUUUGGAGACACUCUACAGUUGUUGUGAAGGAGUGAUUAGUUCUCCUGGAUGCCAGGUUGCAAAGCUCCAUGUUCAUGAUGGCAGAAAUGAAAACAUUGAUGGCUUUGUGAAGACUUUUAUCAAACCGCCUCCACUAGACGGAAAUCAUGGUGUAUUUGCACUAGAUUGUGAAAUGUGUUACACAACACGUGGCCUAGAACUCUCCAGAGUGACGGUAGUUGAUCCUUCUCUUCAGGUUGUCUAUGAUGCAUUUGUUAAGCCAGAUAAUGAAAUCAUAGAUUAUAAUACUAGGUUUUCUGGAGUAACAGCUGUGGACCUGAAGAAUACCGUAACAUCCAUUCGGGAUGUGCAGGCAAUAUUGCUAAACUUGUUCAGUGCAGACACUAUUUUAAUUGGACACAGUUUAGAGAAUGACUUAUUUGCUCUUAAGGUGUUUCAUAAUAAGAUUGUGGAUACAUCAGUAGUUUUUUCUCAUCGGCUGGGUUUUCCUCAUAAAAGAGCACUUAGGAAUCUAAUGGCUGAUUAUCUCCGAAGAAUUAUUCAAGAUAAUGUUGGUGGUCAUGAUUGUAGUGAAGAUGCAACUGCUUGUAUGGAACUUAUGCUUUGGAAAGUAAAAGAAGACACUAAAGGCAGAAGAUAGUGAGAUAUCUAAAUAGAGGCUUCUUUUCAUUGGUUUGAGACAACUGCUAGUGUUAAAACAAUAUUAAGGAAAUUUUCUAUACCUGUAUUUAGAUUAAUUCGAAAGAGUACUGUGCUAAAUAUAUAUACUAA